CCAUUUUGUUUUUUUGGGGUUGGCUCCAAGAGGUCGGGGGCCCUUUGUGAUUCAUGGAUCUGGGGCUUGUGAAGAGGUGCUUGAAUUUCACUCGGAGGAGGAGGAAGGUGCUGGUUCUGUUGGCUCUAUGUGGGGUGUCUAGUUAUGGCGCGUACAGAGUGUAUCGGAUGCCCUCGGUGGCUAGGAAGAGGAAGAGAGUGAUGAAGCUGUUGGGUGCCGUUGUCUCGAUGGCCGAGAUGGUCUCGGAGUCGGCGGAGACCGCCGGGGUCGUCUCGAGGGACCUGAGGCAGUUCCUGCGGUCUGAUUCUGACCAGAUGCCCAAUAGUUUGAGGCAAAUCGCCAAGAUCGCCAAAUCGGACGAGUUCUGCGAGGGCGUGAGCAAGGUCACGGAGGCCUUGACCGUCGGAAUGUUGCGGGGGUAUAAGGGCGGUGAGGGAAAUGGAGAGAGAUCGGAAGGGAAUCCGGAUUUUUCCGACAGGGUUAUGGAUAGGUUCUUCUCGACCUCAGGGUCUGGUUUUGCUUCGGUUGUUGUUGGAAGUUUUGCUAGGAACUUGGUUAUGGGGUUUUAUGCUGCUAGCUCUACAGAUCGUAGUCAAAAUGGAGAUGGUUCGUCGAAUGAAUCGAGAUGGGUGAAUGUCGCCUCCAACGACAAGUGCAAGGAGCUCAUGGCUAAUUGCAUCCAAAAGUUCGUCAGCACAGCAGUCGAGGUGUAUCUUGACAAGACGAUGAAUAUCAACAUGUAUGAUGAGCUCUUCUCUGGGUUGACAAACCCGAGUCAUCAAGAUAAAGUGAGGGAUAUUCUGGUUACGGUUUGUAAUGGUGCUGUUGAAACAUUGGUGAAAACAUCCCAUGAAGUAUUGACAAGCACAAACUCGUCUUCACCAUCUGGUGCUUCCGUUGGUCAACAAAGAGAAUGGCCUAACAUGAAAGCCGAUAAGGUCUUUGAUAGAGAAGUUAUUUCAAACCUCCAGGCAGAGAGAAUAUCCUCUGAUGGAAUUCAAAGUAGUGAAUGGUUUUCCAGAGCUUCGUCUACAUUGGCUGUGCCCAGUAAUAGGAAGUUUGUGCUUGAUGUGACGGGUAGAGUGACUCUCGAAACGAUAAGGUCUGUCCUCGCAUUUCUGUUAUGGAGGCUGUUUGAUGGUAUUAGACAUGGCGUUGAUAUAGUUCACGAGAAGGUUGUAGACAGGGGACUCCAAGUCAUUAGAUUCUUUGGAACAAAGUCUUAUGUCAUCGUUACUGUAUGUCUCGCUUUGUAUUUGCAUGUUCUUGGUGGAAGUAGAGUUCUUGUACCUGCUUAGAUUAAUGCUUCUUAUAUGUAUCGAGACACCGUCGAAGCAUCAAGUAGUAGGACCUCGCAUUGUUUUGUAUACACCCUGAAAACAUGCGGUGUCGCACUGGUCUGGAUCCUCCUGAAAUAUAUGGAAGAGUGUCUUAAUAUCAAACUGGAAUGGCUGUGCUCUAUUCUUUGACAAAUCUGUUGUCUUUCUUCUGCUUAUUGCAUCUGUGCCAAUCGGGUAGAUGCUGUACAAUUUUAAUGUAUAUAUUCCUGCUUAUCGUUC